AUGCGGUCGUUUACCUUCUCUCUUUUAUGCGCUUCGGUCGCAGCACUUUCUUUUCCUUCCGAUCUAUCAGGUCGAGACUCAACGAACAUUGUGGCCCAACUACAACCUCGAGUUGAUGACCCUUUUGGCGGCCAGGUCGCGUGGACAGACAUGACCUCGGGCGACGGCGCGAACUCGCGUGGUGAUUCGGACAAGAUCUGGUAUCUGCAAGACUUCAUUACCAAAUACCUUGAUCGCAUUCCCGCAGAGAACCGCAAUGGCGUUUUCUGGGCCGGCGGGUCUACUUCAGAAGAUGACUUUGAUUACAUUGACGAAUUCAUCGAGUCUCCAACUCGCUUGGAUAGCCAGGGUGUCAAGGCCGACAUGGUCUACCCGCUUAGUGACUUCCAGGCCAUGGGCUUGGAUGGAACAAAGACUCAACUUUGGUGGAGGGCCAUUAAUCGAAUGUCCAAAGCUUUGGCCGCAAGUGCCUCUGGAGGCGGUAUCGCCUACGUCUACUUGAGGCCCGUCAACUGCCGUACCAUCUUUUCGCCACCUUCCCAGAACCCUCAGGAUAACGAUCCGGAUCACGGUGGCGUAGCAACCAACGGCGAGAUCUGGUACUACGCAGAACUGCCCAUGUUGAUGAGAAACACAAACAUCAACCAGAUCGUCACAUUCUACAAGAAUGGACGUAAAUUCGAAACAAAGGUGGAGUGGGAUGCCACUAGAGAUGCCGCUACGCAUCCUCGAAAUGAAUUCGACGACAUUGCCAUGGACGCGUCGCCCAUCGUUCUCCCCGCUGCAGCCGGGCGUGCCCCGUUGAAGAAGCGCCGUGCCUUUGUUCCGAGAUUUGAGGGUUCGAACACAACCAUGACGACUCUUCCCAUUGAGGCCGAUACCACAACUACGUGGGCGACAUGGAACAUUCCGACAACCACCCCUGACGCUGUUGAACCCACCACGGAGUCUACUUCUCUUCUGGUUCCUGUUGAGAGUUCCACCGACGUGGUCUCCGAGCCAGCAAACACCGAGACCCCGACCUCCUUCGUCGCACCCACCACGGAGGCUGGGACGCCAACAUCGGAUCCCGUCGUCGAGGAGACUUCUACUACUUUGAUUCCUCCGACCUCUGACGUAACCUCGGAUCCCAUCGGUACACCCUCUGCUCCGUCUACCGACAUCCCCGUCCCGACAACCACAGUAGCUCUUACAUCCGACACGCUCACCACUAAUCCGGUUGCGGUUGACUCGACUACUGAAACCUCAGUCCUUGGAGAAGUCACUUCUACUACCUUUGCUGCUGCUACAACCACUGAUGCUGUUCCUACGUCAGCUACCACUGGCGCAGUUGUCAUCCCGGGUCUGGUCGUCGUUGAUGGUACGACUGUGAUUACUGGUGGCGACAUCACGUCUCCCAUUCCAGUCACUGUUACCACGUCAAUUGACCCCAAGGGAACCGAAGCUAGCUCUAGCGCCAUCGCUAUCCAGAGCAGCAUCAUCGCCCUGAUUCCUGACAUCCAGAACUACAUUGACAACCCGUCAAAGGACAAGGCUGAUAACGCCAACAACAACAUUAUCAUUCUUCUGCCUCUGGUCACAAACCUGUUCGGGUCUCUCAGUGGAAGCCCAGACCCGAACCCCAAGCCGUGCUCCGCAAGCACAAACCUGAUCAAAACUCUCUUCAACGCCGUUUCUUGCGUUGUCGAUAAUCUCACCAAGGUUACUAGCCAAAUUACCAAGAGCGUCGAGGAUGAGUUCAAGAACUUGGAGGACAUUACAAGUACUCUUGCUUUGCUUCAGGGCUUGGAAGAGCCAUUGGAUACUAAGAAUGACGAGGAGGAGGACGAUGAAAACAGCUCAAAGACUGAUCAACAAUCGUCGACAGAGGCGUCGACAGCAGAGUCGACCACAGAGGCAACAACGGAGACUUGCACGGCCACCAUCACUGCAAGUGACUGCUUGGUCAUCUGUCCCACUGCCACCUCAGGCGUAACUCUCGCCGCCACCGCAAGCUGCAGCACCACUUGCUUCUCCACCGUAUCCGGCUGCGACGCCACCGCCUACACGACUACAUCCUACACUGUAGAGGCUUGCUUGCUGCCAACUGGUGACUUGGCCGCGCCAACCGGCGACUUUGUCGGGGUGUGGUGGGAUUACGGCUUGUCCUGUGCCGGAAACUGCGGUGCCUACACAUUGCCCUCCGCAAGUGUCGAUGAAGCUACUUCGACGACUGGCGUUGCUGCUGAAGCUACCAGCACGACCACUGAAGGGGUUCCAACUUCGGAGACGACCACGCCUGGCUUGGCGUCUGUGACCAGCAUUACCUCGGAUCUUUCUACCCCGGUGCCCAGCACUCUUGUGACUUCCAUCAGAACCACAGAGUCUGAUUUGACAUCUGAUACGACAGAGACAACUACCACCGAGGAUCUAACUACCACUGAGGCUACGACUGACGAGACUACUACUCUUGGCCAGGUUACUACCCCCGGCCAGACGACUACCAUGGAUGCGGCCUCCACCACAGCUGAUAUCACCACCACUGAAGCUCCGCAGCCCACGAUCGAAGGCUGGCCUUUCUGUGGCGUCUUUGGCGGUCCACGCGUUGCUACGCCCUACUGCCAAUGCUCCACAACAGAGGAAGGCCAAACAUUCUUUGCCACCGCUACUCUCAUCGAUGGGCAAUGCACAGGCUACACCAGCUUCCCAUCCGACAUCACCCUGGCGCCAACGGAGGCUCCCACGACGGCACCGCACGUGGCCGAGCCUUACACCGAAACCACGGACGGAACUGUCCUUGCGUAUCCCGAUCGCACUGUGGAAUACGGAAACGUCUACACCGGAAUCAAGGUCACUUUUACCUACGGCGUAGGCACGCCCACGACGAUUUCGACGCCGGUCCCGACUCAGACCGAUUCGAAUAACAAGGGCUCGAGCCAAUGCCACAGCAUCGACGAUGCAUGCGACCGAGCGUUUGAGCAGUUUGAAGACGCCAAGGUCUACACCCAGUUCACAUCGUAUUAUUCCAGGAUCAAAUCGGGUAUCAUUGUGGCUGCCACGUUCGGCCAGGCCGGUUGUACGGCGCAAUGGGAUUGCGACGAUUUUGGUAUCGGUAUGACUGGACUGGAUAUCAAGAAUGCUGUUCAGUACAUGAAGGACAACGACGGUGUAACCAAGUGUGGUACCACUUAUCUUUCCAACACAUGUCAUGUCACUCUCAACUACUGUACAAACUGCCACCAUAUUGUAGAAUGA